CUGCCUGCCAGUGAUUUUAAUAACAGGUACCGUAUUCAAGAAGUGGCAAUCCGUUUCUACUCCGUUCUUCCUGAUGCACCCACAAGCAGGUGACCAGUAAAGAUGGUGGUACUCUGAGCCUAAAUACCGGUAACACCACUUCCGUGAUUCCCUUGUGCCCUGGACCAAGAUGGCGGACGAGGCCACACGGCGUGUGGUUUCUGAGAUCCCAGUGCUGAAGACUAAUGCCGGACCCCGAGAUCGAGAAUUGUGGGUGCAGCGACUGAAGGAGGAAUAUCAGUCUCUUAUCCGGUAUGUGGAGAACAACAAGAAUGCGGACAAUGACUGGUUCCGACUGGAGUCCAACAAGGAAGGCACUCGGUGGUUCGGGAAAUGCUGGUACAUCCAUGAUCUCCUCAAAUACGAGUUUGACAUUGAGUUUGACAUUCCUAUCACAUAUCCCACCACUGCUCCAGAAAUUGCAGUCCCUGAGCUGGAUGGAAAGACAGCAAAGAUGUACAGGGGUGGCAAAAUAUGCCUGACUGACCACUUCAAACCUCUGUGGGCCAGGAAUGUGCCCAAGUUUGGACUAGCUCAUCUCAUGGCUCUGGGGCUGGGUCCAUGGCUGGCCGUGGAAAUCCCUGAUCUGAUCCAGAAAGGCGUGAUUCAGCACAAAGAGAAAUGCAGCCAGUGAAACAUCAAGCCACUGAGGCGCCACAGACUACAUUUCCGUUUUCCUGUGCAUCGUUCUUCUUACUCAUCUGACUGCUCCCUCCCAUACUCCCCCUCCUCUAGACGUUACUAAGUAGCUGCAGCAGGCAUUGCUGGGAAAAGGGAAAAAAAAUACACAGUAUCACAAUUGAGUUUCUAAAUUAGGCUGCACAGGGAAGGGAAGGACUUGGGCCUUGGGAAUCCCGGAGGCGAUUUCUAUGCCCUCCCCAGGUGCAAAUCCUGGAGGCAUAGAGGGUGUACAUAGCCUUUUUCGUUUUCGGAAACAACCCAUCAAUAAAACAAACAGCUGCUUCCUCGGUUA